UCCCCACACGGGGAUUAACAUCACACGCUUCCCUUCUUGGCGCCAAAAUUGCUUCUGAUAGUGUCCUCUCUGUCCAUGUCCGUUCUGCAGAAAACCUAGCGCCUUCUCACACGUCACAGAGCGGAUCUUAGGGUUCUCAAAGAUCCCAAUUUUUUUCCCCCUCAACUUCGAAACAGCAAAAAGAUACCUCCAACAAUGGUAGAGCCUAGAACAAAACGCCGAAAAAUCAGAAGAUGCGAUGAUGAUUAUAUGCCAGGAAAUAUAACAGAGAUCAAGCUCCAUAAUUUCAUGACCUUCAGUGACAUAACAUGCAAACCAGGUUCGCGGCUAAAUCUUGUCAUUGGACCAAAUGGUUCUGGCAAAAGUUCUAUAGUAUGCGCCAUUGCACUUGGUCUUGGUGGUGAGCCGCAGCUACUUGGAAGGGCUUCAAGUAUUGGAGCUUUCGUCAAGAGAGGCGAGGAAUCUGGGCAUAUCAAGAUUUCUUUGAAAGCAAACAACGAGGAGGAACACAUUACGAUUAUGCGUAAAAUAGAUACACGUAACAAGUCUGAGUGGCAAUUCAAUGGAAAAGUUGUUCCAAAAAAAGACGUGACUGAGAUUAUUCAAAGGUUCAACAUACAGGUCAACAAUUUGACUCAAUUUUUACCACAAGACAGGGUUUGUGAGUUUGCUAAAUUAACUCCAGUACAACUCUUAGAAGAAACUGAGAAGGCUGUUGGUGAUCCUCAAUUACCUAUCCAGCAUCGCACUCUUAUUGUUAAAAGCUUUGAAUUGAAGAAACUUGAAAAUACCGUCAAGCAGAAUAGAGCUACUUUGGAUCAGCUCAAGGCACUUAAUGCUGAACAAGAAAAAGAUGUUGAGCGUGUUCGGCAAAGAAAUGAGCUUCUUGCAAAGGUUGAGUCUAUGAAAAAAAAGUUGCCAUGGCUUAAGUAUGAUAUGAAGAAGGCCGAAUAUAUGGAAGCUAAAGAGCAUGAGAAUGAUGCCAAGAAGAAGUUAGAUGAAGCAGCUAAAAUGUUAAAUCUUCAUAGAGAACCUAUUGAGAAACUGAAGGAGGAGAAGGCAGUGCAAGAUGCUAAACAUAAUAAAGUAAAAAGUUUCCUGAAUGAAAAUUCAAAGAAACGCAUGGGACUUCUGGAGAACGAAAAUCGUUUAGGAGUGCAAGUACGGGGGAAAUAUAACGAAAUGGAAGAGUUGAGGAAGCAAGAAGAUUCCCGUCAACAAAGAAUUGCAAAAGCUAGGGAUGAUUUGGCUGCAGCUCAGCUGGAACUGGCAAACCUUCCUCUGUUUGAGCCCCCUAGGGAUGAACUUGAAAGAUUAGGUGCUCAGAUUUUUGAGCUGGAUCUCUCUCAAAAUCAAAAGAGGCAACAGAAGACAGAGAAGGAAAAUCUUCUUGGACAAAAUAAAGCAAAAUUAAGACAAUGCAUAAACAAGUUGAGGGAUAUGGAGAAUACUAGUAAUAAACUGUUGCAGGCACUACGGAAUUCCGGGACUGAAAAGAUUUUUGAGGCCUAUAACUGGAUUCAUGAGCAUCGUCAUGAGUUCAAGAAAGAUGUGUAUGGUCCUGUGUUGCUUGAGGUUAAUGUCUCAAAUCGAGUUCACGCUGACUACUUGGAAGGCCACGUCCCUUAUUACAUGUGGAGGUCAUUUAUUACUCAAGAUUCCAGCGACAGGGACUUAUUGGUAAAAAAUAUAGGGUCCUUUGAAGUUCCAGUUAUAAAUUAUGUGGGAGAUGAGUAUCAUCAUAAAGAGCCCUUUCAGGUUUCUGAAGAGAUGCGUGCACUUGGCAUCUAUUCCCGGCUUGACCAAGUUUUUGAUGCUCCGAAUGCUGUCAAAGAGAUCUUGUGUGGCCAAGUUGGGCUGGAAAAUUCAUAUAUUGGGUCCAAGGAAACCGAUCACAAGGCUGAUGAGGUCACUAGAUUGGGAAUAAUGGAUUUUUGGACUCCAGAAAAUCAUUACCGAUGGUCUAGCUCUAGAUAUGGUGGUCAUGUUUCAGCCAUUGUGGAACCUGUGGAUCAUUCACGUCUCCUUUUAUGUAGUGUGGAUGUUGGAGAAAUGGAAAGGCUUAAAUCCAGGAUAAAGGAGCUGGAAGAAAAUAUUUCUGCUUUGGAGGAAAGUUUUAAAUCACUCCAAAAAGAGCUUAGGCACAUAGAAGAUGAAGCAGCUAUACUUCGUAGGCAGCGUGAGGAGCUUAUCAACAACGCGAAACUUGAGAAGGCAAAAAAGCGUGAAAUGGAAAACCGUGUCAAUCAAAGAAAAAGAAACUUAGAAUUUCUAGAGAAGGAGGAUGACCUGGAUACUAUUAUGUCAAAGCUUACUGAUCAAGCUGCAAAAUUGAAUGUUCAGCGGUUUCAAUAUGCAAUUAAAAUCAAGGAUUUGCUCAUUGAGGCUGUUUCUUACAAGCGAAGUUUCUGUGAAAAGCAAAUGGCCUCCAUUGAACUAGAUGCAAAGAUUAGAGAAAUGGAAGCCAAUCUCAAGCUGCAAGAGAAAUUUGCUAUGCAAGCAUCUUUGCAUCUAGAGUAUUGUAAGAAGGAAGUGGAGGAUUGUCGAGAGCAGUUGUCAGCUGCAAAAAGGCGUGCAGAAUCUAUUGCUUUGAUUACUCCAGAACUUGAACAGGCAUUUCUCGAGAUGCCUACAACCAUCGAAGAUCUGGAAGCUGCCAUCCAGGAUAAUAUGUCUCAGGCCAAUUCUAUUCUUUUUCUAAAUCACAACAUUCUGGAAGAGUAUGAAAGUCGCCAGCAGAAAAUAGAAGCCAUUUCUAUGAAACUGGAAGCAGAUGAGGUGUCACUGACACAGCAUUUAGCUGAAAUAGGCACUCUAAAGGAAAGUUGGCUACAAACAUUGAGAAAUCUUGUCUCUGAAAUAAAUGAGACAUUCAGUCGUAAUUUUCGGGAGAUGGCUGUUGCUGGAGAAGUUUCUUUAGAUGAACAUGACAUGGACUUCGAUAAUUAUGGGAUACUUAUCAAAGUGAAGUUCAGGCAAGCAGGACAGCUACAAGUUCUUAGUGCCCACCAUCAAUCUGGAGGGGAGCGCUCAGUUUCAACAAUUCUGUAUCUUGUUUCUCUUCAAGACCUUACAAACUGCCCAUUUAGGGUAGUUGAUGAGAUAAAUCAAGGAAUGGAUCCAAUUAAUGAAAGGAAGAUGUUUCAGCAAUUGGUGAGAGCUGCUAGCCAGCUAAACACUCCACAAUGUUUCUUACUUACACCGAAGUUGCUUCCAGACCUGGAGUACAGUGAAGCAUGCAGCAUUCUAAACGUAAUGACUGGCCCUUGGAUUGAGCAGACUGCAAAAGUGUGGAGAAGUGGAGAGCGCUGGGGAUAUGUUAUGGGAUUAUCUGAAGAAGGCUGUUGAUGAAAAUCUUGAUCAAUCAGUAGCAAAAAUGGCACUCGCACUUGGCAAAUCAUUGGUCACGAUUCACAUGUCCUUGUUCGCUCCGUGUUUAGCAUAUCUUUUGUAAUGGUAUUAUAAUCCAUACGACGAGCAAAUCCGUUCCUGAAGUAUAUUCUGUAUAGAGACAUAGAUCUUAUUUUUCAUCUCCAAGGCAUUAUUAUGAGGGGAAGGCAUUUUGUUCACUAAUGUUACCAAUUUAGCUCACUCUGCAUUUGUUCAGUAGUGGCCUUCUUGUGCUCUGCAAGAUUGUGUUUGUAGAUGAAAUAGUUCUUGAACCACCUCAGCCCCCAUUCUUCUGUAAAUUUCUCAUCUUUGUUGACCUUCACUUGGAUCUUGAAACUAAUUUCCAUAUUGCUCUUGGUCAUAAGUAUUACUAUUCAUUUGUU